GCCGACGUCGCCGGCCAGGGCACGGUGGGCACCCUCCACGUCGGGAUGUGCUUCGGCGAGCAGGUCUUCCUGGGGCUCUCCGAGAGGGCCGCGGCCACGGUGCGCGUGCACUCGCCCAUCGCGUUGCUGCUCUCCGUGCGCCGGAAUGCCUUCGCGAUGUCGAUGAAGCGCCACCCAGAGGAGGCCCACCGCUUCGCGAGCAGGCGCUCCGAGCCCAGCGAGGACUUCCGCGGCAGGGACGUCGCCUCCCUGGACGUGUUCCGCGCCUGCGACCGGCGCUUCACGCAGGAGAUGUGCGAUAUCAUCGAGAUCCGGUACUAUCCUGGAAGGCCAGAAACGGCGACCGUGCAGGGGGCGGCGGACGCCGGCCAGAUGUUCCUCGUGAAGGGCGGGAGCGCACAGGCAGAGGUGGGGGGCAAGCGGGUGCAGCAGCUCGGGAUCGGGUCGAUCUUCGGGGAGUACGCCAUGCUCGGCCUCACCCGGAAGAGAGCGGCCACGGUGCGGGCGACGACGCUCUGCGUGACGAUGGAGAUCCCCCGCGCGGGCUUCCUCGCGGCUCUGGACAGGCACCCGGAGGAGCGGGAGCACUUCGAGGAGCUGGCGACGCAGAAGUGGCACGCCGGCGUGCGGACCUGGCCGAUCUUCCAGGACACGCCGCGGCACCUGCUGUACCUCGUCAACCUGUACGCGGAGCGGCGGAUCACCCUGCCCACGGAGUGGACGUCCAUGGGCGGGCAGAGCUUGUGCAGAGAGGCCGCAGUGCUGGUGCUGCAGGGCACGAUCACCUUCGACGGGGAGGACGAGGCCCACGAGUACAAGGACGGGGACUGCAUUAACGAGCAGGUGCUGAUGGAUUUUCCCCCCGACGCCGGCGAGCUGUUGCCCCAGACCUCCUGCGAGGUCCAGAUCUUGACCAAAGCCGUGUUCAGCAAGAUCAUGGACUUCUUCCCCGACCUGCGCGACGCCGUGAGCAAGAACAUCUUGCUGUCGAUGGCCAGGAAGGCGCACAGGAGACUCGGCCUCCACAAGAGCUCGGCCGAGCUGCUGAGCAUGUCGGCGCUCUUUCGGUCGGUGCCCGAGGAGCUGGCUGAGAAGCUGUUUGCCCUGCUCCGGGAAAGCGUCUACAGGCCAGAUCAGGCCAUCACCACCGAGGGCGCCGAGGGCGACAAGAUGUUUUUUUUCCUCCGGGGCUCCUACAGCCUCCAGACGGGCGCCGACGUGGAGCAGGACUCGGUGAAGACAAAUCUGCAACGUCAGAAGCUUUAG